GUAUGUGUGUGUGUGUGUGUGUUUGUGUUUCAAGGCAUUAACGAGAGUAAUCGCUUAAACAGACUUUUAAAAAUAGCCUUCGAAAUAACAUGAGGUUUACAGUAUCCACAGGAAGCGCGAAUAUAAAGGCAAGUAAAUCUUUUCGAUAUUAAUCAGUAUCACUUAUGAAUCUGUCUAGUUGCCAGAAAAAUAUAGAUAUGCUACAAGUAGUAAUAUAGCCACGAAGAAAAACUGUUCUCACAGUUUUAUUGUAAAGGCCUUGAACGUACAAAAAGCAACAAUCGUGGACCAACGCAGUUUUUCAUUAUGCAAUGCCUGCUGAUUAUUUUCCUGGGUGGAAUAUUACUCGUCAACACUCAUCCAAUAGAUGCAAAUGGGCGAAGUCGUCGGGCUCUGAUCAUCAACACCGAGGGGCGACCACUCAUCACCAAUGGCCAGAGCGCCUUUCUGGGAAAUCUCCAGGGACAUGAUCCUGUGGCCGCAGAGCAACAGAUGGGAUCUCCCAACUUCCAGCAGCCCAACAUGCUCACAGGUCAACAAGUGCAGAUCCAGUCCGCAACGUCAAGGCCAGUGUUUGGUCAAGGGAUGUUCGGACAGCAGCAAGUUUUGGAAUGUACCCCUACCACUAGACCAGUGCAAGGCUCUCUGUUUCAGCAACAACAGCAAGGAUACGGACAGCAGUACAGCAACCAGUUUCAGCAGCAACAGCAAAUCGGAAACAGCCAACAGCAGCAACAACAGCAACAGCAUUACAAUGGACAGGGGCCUUUGAACCCUAUGCAACAAAUCACUGGCACGUCCCAACCGUUUCAGAUUUUCCAGCAGCCCGAUCACGUCCCCCUCUCAAUGCAAAUGAGCUCUCAGCAAAACCAGCCUAUCUUCGUCAACAAUCAGAACCACCACCAGCAGCAUCAAACGUCACAUGGGGCUAGUCUGCAAAACGGACAAUACCUUCCCCUUGGUCAGCAGCAGCCCAGCCAGAUAAAUUCUGGUAGCAGUGGACUCACUAACCAACAACAGCAGCAGCAACAACAACAACUUUACCAGCCAAGAGUGACAUCCCAACCUACCAGAAACCCCCACCCUCCUUCUGGCUACCAGCCGAUCAACGUCGGCAAGAGGAGCAUCAGACGUAAGAUUCUACAACGAUCCCUUUUUUCAGAUAUUCAGCAAGGUUUGAAUUCCAAACACAAAUUUAGAAAAAAUAAGGAAAUAUAUUAGUACACAUUAUUGAAGCCUUCCGCGUAACAUAGACUUUGCUCUUUUGAGUAGAAUUUUUCUACAAGCAAUCCAAACGUUAUAAAUUGUUGGAUAUCUCACACUGAUCUAUACAGUAAUGAAAUGCACCAUAAUUUGACGAGAAAAGAUAUGUUUUAACUGUAGAAUGGAGGGUUAAUCCUAACGCAGAGACUCAGCAAGCAGU